AUGUCUAUGGUAAUACCAAUGAUGGUCGUACCGGCGCAAAAUCCUCUUUUUGUGGGUUCUGGCGGAUCAAAAAGAGAACUCAAGAACAAUAGCGACAGGAAGAUAGCAUUCAAGCUGGUUUUUCCUACCGGUUCAAAUUAUUCUGCAGCAGAAACCUAUGGAACAAUCCCAGAAUUGGGAAAAGCUACUAUCACAUUAAUGAGAGCUAAUACAAAAUGUGCUGAAGAGAAGAUGACAGUUCAGUAUGCAGCAAUGGCUUCAGGGCAAACUGAUCCGGCAGCUAGUUUCGCCUCAGGCACAGCUACUGGAGAAUUCAUUGGCGAGACCGUCGUUCGCUUAUCACCAAUAUCGUAGCCGAAUGAAUAAAUCAUUUCAGAAGUUUCUAAAAUCCUUUUGUGCUUCUUGUAAUUUAUUAAUUGGCUGCCUGUCACAGUCCAUAUUCUGGAGAGUAUAAGUGUUUUCUAG